UGAGAUCCAGAUGUCGAGCAGCCGAAGGAGCACGCACUUCUGGAGCGAGGAGGAGACGGCUUUCCUCCUGCAGACUCUGAAGGAGAUGAACAUCGACCGCUACAGAGACGGACGCAAGCACCGCAACAGCCUGAUCUUCCGGAGGGUCUGCGCGCGGCACAAGGAGGCGGGCUUCACGCGCUCCUGCGACCAGGUCAAGCACCGCUGGAAAACACUCAAGUCCAUCUACUACAAGGCCAAGAAGCAGAGCAGCAGCAGCUCUAACGCGGCCUUCAAACACUUCGACACGAUGGAGGAAAUCUUCGGACACAGACCUGUGGCUGUCAGCACCGACACCGAGCCCGACAGCAAGGGCUUCACCUUCGAGGAUGGAGAGGAGGAGGAAGAUGAGGGUGAGGAUAAUGUGGUGGAUGACGUGGAAGCUGGGAUUCAGGAAAUCCAGUCAGUGAAAACCGAGAAUGAGCCCCUGAUCCUCACACAAGCGUCACACGAGAGCUCCACGACAUCCACCGAGAGCUUCACCUCCACCUCCACCUCCACCCAGCAGAGCGCAGCUCCAGGCGUGCUGAAGCGCAGGCGGUCGUGUUGUGCUGCGCUGCACAGUCAGUAUCAGGGCUUUCUGGAGAGACUGCAGCGGAGCCAGAACACAUGGCUGGAGCGCCAGCUGGAGCAGAGUCACCUCCGAGAGGAGCGUCUGAUCGCCCGAGUGCUGGCCGAACAUAGCCGGUCCAUGGAGGCCUUAGUCAGCCAGCUCUUCUCAGGCUUGAGGAGCCUCCUGCCCUCGUCUCCGCUCAGCACACAGCCUGACGCCAGCCCAGCGCAGAGCAGGACUGAGUCCUGAAUCACACACACACAGCUCUCAGAGACUCGAGGAGCACCUCACACACUCUUCAUCCUGAUGCGGUCUUCUGCAGCCCUGCACUGGUUUGUUAAAGGUAGCGAUAAUGUAGCAAUCCAGCAUCUGUUUAACACUGGUAGGUGUUUGUUAUUGUUUCAUUGUACCACAUAGCUUCUGUAAAAGUGUUCAUCAAAUGUUUAGUCAUGAAUAAAGAUGUGAGUGUG